AUGAUGUUUCAGAUUAAGAUGAACACACAAAGAAGCGAAGUAACAGAAAUUGAAUACAGAAGAGAAACAGCCAGCCACGACAAUAACAACAACAUGAACAACAUGAACAACAAUAUCAUCAGCAACAACAGCUUCAAUAAGAACAGCAACAUGAGCAACAACAACAUAAACAACAUGGACAACAACGUCAACAACAACAACAACUACAACAUCAACAACAACAACUCUAACAUUAACAUCAACAACAACACCAACAUUAUUCUCAUGGCAAUAAAAGCGAAAAUUAAGCAGAAGAACUCAACUGUUAAUUAUUUUGAAACAGCGGUAUAUCAUUUCUUCUAUUUAAAAACAAUUGUUUAUAAAUUCAUCAUCAUCAUGAUCACGCCUUGA